AAAACAAGAAAAGUACAAUUUGACAACGAUUCAUCAUAUAUGGUAGGACUACCCAACAUUUAUUUCUUCAAAAUCAAACACUGCAUUCCCUGCAAUUCUCUCCCGAGGACCAAGACCUCUGCCUCUCUGCCUAAUUCUUUUCAUCUCUUUCUUCUUCCAAAAUUUGACGACAUGACUUCGUGUUACCGCCGGUUAGCAGCUGCUUCCGCAGCACCGGAAGCUCCAUUUCAGCUCCGUAAACUGAGACCGGCGGUUGAGAUUUCGUCGCUUCAUUGGUUCAAGGCAAAUCAACGGCCAGAAAUACUUCUGCGGUCAACAGCAACACCGAGAGUACCAGUGGUGAAAGCGGUAGGUGAAUCGGAGGGCGGAGAUGUGAGGAAGAAUGCGGGAGCGUGCUCCUACUCACUCGAGGAUGGCAGUGUGGUUGACCGGACAGUGGAGGAGAUGGAUAGCAGUAAGAGAAAGAGAAAUCAGACGGUGGAAGUGGCAAUUGCAGCGGCGGCUACGGUGGUGCUGGGCGUGGGGAAUCGCGUGUUGUAUAAAUUGGCUCUUGUUCCUCUCAAGCAUUAUCCCUUCUUCCUUGCUCAGCUUGCUACAUUCGGGUACGUAGUUGUAUACUUUUCCAUAUUGUAUCUCCGAUUCCAUGCUGGCAUUGUUACAGAUGAGAUGCUGUCCUUGCCAAAGGCUCCAUUUCUUGCUGUUGGUCUUUUGGAGGCUCUUGCUGCUGCAACUGGGAUGGCUGCUGGAGCAAUUCUUUCUGGGGCGUCCAUACCUAUUUUGUCUCAGACCUUUCUCGUGUGGCAAAUUCUCCUGUCCAUCAUUUUUCUAGGGAGGAGAUAUAAAGUAAAUCAACUUUUCGGAUGUUUUCUUGUCACUGUCGGUGUAAUCAUAACUGUAGCAAGUGGUUCUGGUGCUGGUAAUUCAUUGACGGAAGCAGGCAUAUUUUGGAGCCUUCUGAUGAUAGUUUCUUUUCUGUUUCAAGCAGCUGACACAGUGCUAAAGGAAAUAAUCUUUUUGGAUGCUGCUCAGAAAUUAAAGGGUGGUUCAGUAGAUCUAUUUGUUGUAAAUUCCUAUGGAUCUGCUUUUCAGGCACUGUUCAUUUGCUUACUUCUACCCUUCUUAUCAAAAUUGUGGGGCAUUCCAUUUAGCCAGCUCCCAAGCUAUCUUAAAGAUGGUGCAGCUUGUUUCUUGAACAUUGGUGGAACUUUAUCAAGUGGUAAGCCAUGAACACCUGCUUUCCUACCAUUAUCUGUAAAGGUCAAUACUGAAUUUAUAAUAGAAGAUAGACUGCCCAUAGACACCUAGUUUAGUAGCUCUUUUAGGCUUCUCUUACCAACAGAGCCUGUAGAGGGUGUAAAAUGCCAACUGCUUGUAUAAGCAGUCAAAAAUGGGCAUAGACCAUGAAAUUGGCUGAUAUAUUUUUAAAAAGGACCGUUUAGAAUUUAAUGCUUCAAAUUUACUGAACAUCACAAUUCACAAAAUAUCAUUGUACAAACCAGAAGAAGUAGCAUGAAAUAAGGAAUAAGAUAUAUCCAAUGUGGAUGAGAAAAUUAGCAUCAAUGGGAUAGAAUAGAUUUGAAGAUGAUAGAGAGGAUUUUGUGGUAUUCGAAUUGAAAUUUAAGCUCAUGUUGGCAAUAAUGGCCUAUUAAAAGUUGAGUAAGUUCCUUUGUAACCCAGGACAAAACCAACUGUCGGGAGAUUGUGAUACUGUUACUCAUAUAUAAGAAAACAAUUCGAAGUCAUCUUAUUAUUCAUAGCUCUGGCUUACCAUCCUGAUUAUCCAUUCUCCAUUUCUCAUAAGCCUUCUUCUGUAAUGGGUUUUAAAGAGUUAAACUACUUCGAAAUCUCUGGCAAACCACAGGUUGUGAUGGUGCCCCUUUACUACCUAUGCUCUUUGUUAUUAUCAACAUGGGUUUUAACAUCUCAUUACUACAUCUACUCAAGAAAUCCUCUGCUGUGGUCUCUUCACUUGCAUCCACUUUUUCAGGUAUGUCUUUGUUGUCUUUGAUUAUUGUUUUCAUCUUUUUCUUUCAAACAUCCCAUGGAUUACAGAUUCUCAAUCCGAAGGAAAAUUUUCCAUCUGUUAAAACUGCUGAUGCACUGAAUAUGAUGUUUGUGACAAAGUUUGAAUCUAAACUUACCUUGCCAACUCCAUGUGGGGGUGCCAUUUACCUUGCAAUUAGACAGGCUUCUUUAUUAGCUAAGAAAUAAGUUUUGGUUAA